AUGGACGAUCCAUCGGCUCUUUGCUUGGUUGCACUUGUGCGAAGCUUCUUUAUUGCUCAUUCGAAACUAGUACAAUUAGUGGAAGAGGACGAUGCGGAAGGAGGCGCUGGCGGAGUGUUUCGAGCUGAUAUUGAUGAUCCGGACGUUUCCAAUGCAAUUGGGAGUAGUGUUCGGCCAGAACUCAAAAUGUUGGCAAGAGUAAGAAUUGGACUUGCAGGAGUAUUUUAUGUUGGAGUACCCUAUCGAAGACAUCGAUCUUUGAGCCAGUUUGCGCAGAAUAUACUUCAUUCUGUGCCUUCAACUGGUUCGUACAGACUAAACCCUCAACUAACUUCUGUGUAA